UCCAAUUAGAAUAAUGAAUGAAUCUUAUCAAACGCUGAUAUAUAAUGGGCGAACUUGUAAUAAGCUCCCGACGGGUUCUUUUCUGACUCCGAUAUCCCGAGAGAAGAUCAUACACACAGGCACACAGCAAAUUAGAUCGAGUUUCUCUAAUAAAGCUCCAAUUUGAUAUUGGCUGGGUAGUUUGCUCCGACAUCCAAGAUGGUUGUACUUGCUGCUUCUGUUUUAAGUAAGUCCGGCAAAGUGCUUGUCUCCAGGCAGUUUGUGGACAUGACUCGCAUAAGAAUUGAGGGUCUUCUUGCAGCCUUUCCCAAGUUGGUGGGCACGGGAAAGCAGCACACUUAUGUUGAGACUGAGAACGUGCGAUAUGUUUAUCAACCAAUAGAAGCUCUUUAUUUGCUUCUUGUAACCAACAAACAGAGCAAUAUUCUUGAAGAUUUGGAGACCCUGCGACUUCUCUCCAAGCUGGUACCUGAAUAUUGUUACACUUUAGAUGAGGAGGGUAUUUGCAAGAAUGCUUUUGAAUUGAUCUUUGCUUUUGAUGAAGUCAUCUGUCUUGGGCACAAGGAAAACGUGACGGUUGCACAGGUUAAGCAAUACUGCGAGAUGGAGAGUCAUGAAGAGAAAUUGCACAAGCUGGUAUUGCAGAGCAAGAUUAAUGAAACUAAGGAUAUCAUGAAGCGUAAAGCUAGCGAGAUUGAUAAGAGCAAGAUUGAUAAGAAUAAAGGUGAUAAAGGAGGGUUCAUGUCAAUGGGCUCCGGAAGAAUUGAAACUAGCUUUACUGAUAUGAGCAUUUCUAGCAGUGGAAGUGGUUUUGGAAGUGGUUCUGGGUUGGGAGUAACUACUGAUGUCGAUUCCUUCUCUACCAAGUCUAAAGGCCGCCAACCCUCAUCUGCAACUGCUCCUCCUAAAGGUCUUGGCAUGCAGCUUGGUAAAUCACAAAAAACAAACCAGUUCUUGGAAUCCCUGAAAGCAGAAGGUGAACUGAUUGUUGAAGAUGUGCAGCCAAGGGCAGGGCAGUCCAGAGUGGUUGCAACUGCACCUACCGAUCCCAUCACUUUGACUGCUGAGGAGAAACUCAAUGUCACUCUGAAAAGAGAUGGUGGAAUAAGUAACUUUGAUGUUCAAGGGACUUUGUCUCUUCAAAUUCUUAACCCGGAAGAUGCACACAUCCAAGUUCAGGUUGAAACUGGGGGUAACCCUGGCAUUCUUUUCAAGACGCAUCCUAACAUGAGCAAGGAGUUGUUUGCCAAUGAGAACAUUCUAGGAUUGAAGGACCCUAAUAGGCCUUUCCCCACCGGUCCAGCUGGGGAUGUAGCUGGUGUCGGCCUUCUGAAAUGGAGAAUGCAAAGUGCAGAUGAGUCAAUGGUGCCAUUGACCAUCAACUGUUGGCCUUCAGUUUCUGGAAAUGAAACUUAUGUCAGCAUUGAAUAUGAAGCUUCUGCCAUGUUUGAUCUGCGAAAUGUUGUGAUUUCUGUGCCUCUCCCAGCACUUCGGGAGGCACCAAAUGUCAAUCAGAUUGAUGGCGAAUGGAGGUAUGACUCCAGAAAUUCUGUCUUAGAAUGGUCCAUAGUUCUCAUUGAUAACUCCAACCGCAGUGGAUCGAUGGAGUUUGUUGUGCCGCCAGCAGAUUCAUCUGUCUUCUUCCCCAUUUCUGUCCGUUUUUCGGCAACGAGUUUAUACAGUGACCUGAAGGUUGCGAACAUCAUUCCCCUGAAAGGUGGUGGAGCUCCCCCCAAGUUCUCCCAGCGAGCGAAUUUGAUUACGGAGAAUUAUGAAGUAGUGUGAACGAUAACUAUUCAAAACAGUAAUAACAGGCGGUGAGUUCCGACUGCAGUUUUACUUAGAGUUCACUUCUAUCUAUGAUUCAAACAACAGCUGCACCUUCCUUUUUGCA